CAUUUAAGACUUCCACGUCUUCUGUGAAUAGGGAAUGAAAUAAAAUAUUCAACAAAUAUAUAUAAAGACACUGCCCUGAUCUCAUAGCUUUUCCUGUCUUUCUUCUUUCUCCUGCUGCUGUAUCACACCGUUAUUAGGACAGCGUUUGUCAGUGAGAGAAGCACAAAGCCAAAACGCGAAUCCGAGAACUCAAAACUCAUCGUCUAUCUGAUAAAAAAGAGGCUUCCUUGUAACGCCCUCUACUUCUUCACUCUCUGUCUCUAGCUCUCUUUAUAAAUCUCUCUUUUUCGUUUUAACCACUUCAGGCUUUAUCAAAGUUGAAAGCUUUAACGACCCACUUUGAUUUUUUGGCACGUUCUCUUACAAUCCGCAUCGAUUUCUCUAUUUAUUGAUCUGGGUUUUUGGUGUUCUGUGAUUUAGAAGUCUUUUUCACAUCUGGGUCGGUGUCUAAUCGCUGCCUUAGGCUAUGAGGAAGAGGGAGAGGGAGAAUCCAUGUGGGGUUUGUGGCCACUAUCACAAAUACGAAGAAGGAGAGGUCUGUGGGGUUUGUGGCCAUCGAAUGCCGGAUUUAUCUGACAAAACUUCGAUCACAGUGAGUGCCUUUCCUUCUGCGAUCGUGCCAGAGUUUCUCUAUUUGGGUAGCUACGAUAACGCUUCGCGCUCUGAGCUUCUCAAGACUCAGGGAAUCUCUCGUGUUCUAAACACGGUUCCAGCUUGUCAAAAUCUUUACAAGAACUCUUUCACUUAUCACUACCUCCAAGAUGACAAAAUUUUGCAAUUUGAGGAUGCAAAUCAAUUUUUAGAGCAGUGUGAAAGGGACAAAGCUCGUGUUUUAGUGCACUGCAUGUCAGGGAAAAAUAGGUCGCCGGCUAUUGUAAUAGCUUAUUUGAUGAAAUCCAGAGGAUGGAGACUUGCCCAGUGUUACCAGUGGGUGAAAGAACGGAGACCAUCUGUUGAAUUAAGUGAAGCUUACUACCGGCAACUGCAGGAGUAUGAGGAGAAGAUCUUUGGAUCAGCUGGUAGUGGCAACCCAACUUUGCCAGCCUUCCCACCGGUAGUAGCUGCACCUUCGUUCAGCUUUGGAUUCCCAAGAGUUAAUGAUUCAAUUCCUAUCCCUGCAUUUAACCAUGUUGGCACGACCUCCAUUUUUUCCCGGCCUGCCCUAGAUAUUCCUCCGCUGGAGUUUACAUUUGGAGCCAGCCAGGCUCGAAAUGAUAUCUCCGGGAGUACUUUUGGUGCGAGUCCACCAAAUUCAAACACAAGUGAUAUUUCAAUGGAUAGUUCUUGAAUUUCCUGUUUUUGAAAACCCCUUUUGCGGAUCAACUGUGGAGCAAAGUAUCCUGCCUGACUCCGAUGAGUUUUAUUAAUAUCUGGAUGUAAAUUGGGAGUGACCGCUCAUACUACAGUAUAUAAGAUUUGACAGGGUGAUAAGGAUGGAUGUCUUUCUUUUCUCUAGUUUCAGUUCUUUAAGCGGAACUAUUUUUUUCAUUCACGCAUGGCCUAAUACAAAGUUAUCUUCACUACC